AACAAAUCGUGGUAUAAAAAUCAAAAAAUUUUUAAACUCGUCUCAGUACUGAAACUUCUGCCACGAUGAAACUACUGAUUGCUCUGCUCCCGCUGGUGACCGCUGUUAUCGCUCAGAAUGGAUUCGGCCAAGUUGGACAAGGAGGUUUUGGAGGAUUCGGAGGACUCGGCGGGCAAGCAGGUUUUGGCGGACAAAUAGGAUUCAACGGACAGGGUGGAGUUGGUGGCCAGGUGGGAAUUGGACAGGGAGGACUCCACCCGGGUCAAGGAGGAUUCGCUGGGCAAGGUUCUCCAAACCAAUAUCAGCCUGGUUACGGAAAUCCUGUGGGAUCUGGCCAUUUCCAUGGAGGUAAUCCAGUUGAGUCCGGUCAUUUUCAUGGAAAUCCUCAUGAAUAUCCGGAACAUCAUGGCGAGCAUCACCGUGAACAUCAUGAGCACCAUGGACACCACGAGCAUCAUGGACAUCAUAGACAUUAGCACAAAUAUUAUUUUGUAUAAGAAUACCCAUGAUAAAAAAAAAAGAAUUUAAUACUAUAUUUCUCCACCGUAAAUUCUUAUGAAUCCCCUGCUUGUUUCUUCAAAAAGCCUGAGGGACUAUAUUGUAUCUAAUGUCCAGAUUUGAUUUGUAAAAGUGAUUGUUUAUCUAAAACCCCCUUGAGAUCCAACAUA